AUGGCGUCUACCUCGGUUUUGAACUCUCUGGCAGCAGCGGGUCUGGAAAAAAUGGACAAACUCGAGCCGUCGGACCAGAACGUGAAAAAGGAGUAUGAACAGUUCAAGAAAGACCUCACGCGCCAGGCCGUGAUUUCGCUGAAGGACCGCAUCCCCCGAAAGAUUCUCCAUUUCAACAACCUCACGAACGUGAACGCAGAUCCGGGCUCUAUCUUCCCAGCGGCAGAUCUGGAGCUCCCUAUCAAGCAGAGCGUGACAGACGGCGCCGCAGACGCCGAAGGUACCCUUCCGGCGGGCAAGCGCAUAAAGGCAAUUCCUCCGCAGCUCGACGACGGCCGCAUGUGCUACACGCAUUUGAUGCCACGCCACGAGCAGAUUUGCGAUGAGUUGGAGCAGCUGAAGAAAGACGCCGCAGAACUCGUUGAAACCCUCGGCCAAGUCAAGCUGUGGAUUCAGCUGAACGUGCCGCGCAUCGAGGACGGCAACAACUUCGGCGUCGGCAUCCAAGAGGAGGCGAUUCAAGAGCUCGCGCGCGUCGAGGACUGGGCCUUCAACCUCUAUGACGCGAUCUUCAAGUACUACAUGGCGAGAGCAAAGCUGUCUACGAAGGUGCUCAAGUACCCCAACGUGGGAGACUACUGGGAGGCCAUUCGCGAGUUGGACGAGAAGGAGUGGCUCCACAUCAAGUUCACGAAAGUCGAUAUGCGCAACAACUACUCGAUGCUGUAUGAUCUGUUGUGUAAGAACUGGGAGAAGGUUGUCAAGCCUAAGAACGAGGAUACGCGCAGCCGAAUGACUUUCUGA